ACCAAAUAAAUAUCCGUGGCUAUGAAUCAUUUCCUGGUAAACUAAUACCUCCUACAUACGAAAUAACAAUGGGAAAAUCUUUAAUUAACUGCUUAAUUGGUUAUUAUGAACAGGUUUAUGCUGACCUCAGAUACAAAUUCUAUUCUGGAAUUCAAAAGCAAGACAAAGAUACAAUAUUCGUUUCAUCUUCAAUGAUAUGUAUAUCUGCUCUUUACAUUGCUGAUGAAUGGUUUGGGUCACAAUUAUGUCGUUCUGAUUUUGAUGCUAAUGUGAUAGUUGCUUUUUUAAACAAUGAAGAUAAUCUUGAAUACUGGCCAGCAACUAUCUGUUAUUUUUUUAAGCAUACAAUAGCAUUACCAAAUAGACUUACAGAACAUAUAUUGGCAAUAGUUGAUUGGUAUAGUAAAUAUAGCAAAAAAGAUCAUUUUAAUAUUCUACGACGAGGAUUAUCUAAAAUCCUUGACAGAGUUGUUCAAAAUGGUAUAAGACAUGUUGAAUUAUGGAAGCCUUUAAUUAGAAGAAAACUUACACAUGAAAAUAUUAUACCAAUUCAACGAAUUUUACUUACUUCAGCAGAAUCUAGUAAUAAGAGAAGGUUUCAAAAAAACUUGCAAAUAGUUGAACAAAACAAUAACUACAGUUGUAAAAGUUUUCUUCCUUAUGGUUCCAACAGUAGUGGUGAAACACUUGGGCUAGUUUUAGAUUUCGACUGUGAUGACUAUGAUGACAAUUAUGAGGAAGAGCCGUUCAAAUAUAAUGAAAAUUUGUUUGAACUCUUAGUGAAUACAGAUAGCGAUAAUGAUUUUAGUAGUACAACUUCAUAUUCUGAAUAUUCUGAACGUAAUGAUAAACUCAAUAAAGAAGAGAAUGAUAUUAGUAAUGAUCAAUUUGAGAAAGAGAAAUCAGCAGAAAUACCUAACCAAUUAAAUUCUAAAAUACAUCCUUCUAAAAGAUGA